GGAUAAAGACGCUUACAGUCCAGGUUUACCUGAAUAAUUUUUCAGGCGGCAUCUCAACUCGUAUCGAAAAAAAGAGACAGGCGACUGAGGGAAUAGAGAUUAAUCACGGUCUAAAACCACACCAAGAAAUAAAGAAAGAGAGUAAAGAUAGGCUUUGGUGUGUGGUUUCCAACCCCAAACAACCUCGUUCCGCACCACCAAGCUAGGUCAGGGAGGUCCCCACGAUGGCACCUCAGGACACUGCAUCCGGGGCGAGAGAGGAAGCUCCUCCUCGACGACUGAAUAUUAAGAUCAACAACAAGUAUUACAGAAUUAGACCAGAAAUUCCUAAGACUAUGCCCCUGAUAGACUUCCUGAGAGAGCAAGUAAGGCUGCCAGGAACAAAAGUCCUGUGCAGGGAAGGAGGCUGCGGCGUCUGCACAGUUGUGGCCACUGCACCUGACCCCGAGCACGAGGGAGCCUAUAAGACCUUCAGUGUUAAUGCGUGUCAGCUUCUGGUUUACGCCUGUGCCGGCUGGUCCAUUGAGACGGUGGAAUACCUAGGGAACCGCUACGAUGGGUACCACACGCUUCAGAAAGCUCUCACGGGCUUUUACGGAACUCAGUGUGGUUACUGUUCCCCGGGAAUGGUCAUGACGAUGUAUGGACAGUUGAAAUCUUCAGGGUCGCUCACCGCAGCCCAAGUGGAGGAGUCCUUGGACGGGAACCUCUGCCGAUGCACUGGCUAUCGCCCCAUACUAGAUGCCUUUAAGUCCCUUGCUGUGGACGGAGACCAGUGCCUCAAGGACAAACUUGUCGAUAUUGAGGAAGCAAACAAGGCAAAAUGUCCCAAGACCGGCAACGUCUGUAAGGGCAAGUGUGGGUCCAGCAAAGAGGAAAACGAAUCAAGCUGUAAAAACAAACAACAAGACCACAGUGAUGCCGACCCCAUAGGAGAGGAAGUUGAACUGACGGAUGGUGAAAUCCAGUGGUAUAGACCUCUCACUCUUGUGGGAAUAAAAAAUGCCUUAAAGAAAAUCAAACAAGACGAAAAGUAUUGUAUUGUAGUUGGCAACACUGGACAGGGUGUGUACAAAGAGGAUGGCCCCUAUACAACAUACAUCAGCACAAAUGCAGUGAAGGCAUUAUAUAAUGUCACAAUCGGGGAGCCACUUAUCCUUGGAGCUAAUGUUACCCUCAGUCGCGCUAUUGAGGUAUUCCAGCACGUUGCCAACACGUAUCCUAACUACAGGUACUUGGACACUCUUGUACGCCACUGGAAGCUUGUGGCAAAUGUGUCAGUGCGGAAUACAGGAAGCUGGGCAGGGAACCUCAUGCUAAAGCACAAGCACCCUGAAUUUCCAUCUGAUAUCUUCCUAACACUGCUAGCUGUUGAUGCCCAGUUGACGCUGAUUGAUGCCGACACAACCGACACAACACAGGUGGAUCUUGAGACUUUCUUGAGAACAGAUAUGUCAAGGCGUCUCAUCACUUCCGUAACUUUACCACCUAUGGCUCAGGGCAUGCAGUUCCAUACAUAUAAGAUCACCCCAAGGACUGUAAAUGCACAUGCAUACGUUAAUGCGUGUUUCAAAAUAAAGGUCAAUCCAGAUGAUGGGUUUAAGGUUACUGAGACUCCCACAAUAGUGUAUGGAGGAAUACAUCCUGAUUUUAUUCAUGCAAAGCAGACUGAGUCGUUCUUGACAGGUCGCAGUUUAAUGGAGGUCCCAACAGUUAUAAAAGCUGCGAAAGUCUUGGGUAAAGAGGUAAAGCCUGACGCUAAGCCGCAAGACGCAUCGCCCCAAUACAGGAGAUCUUUGGCCCAGAACCUUUUGUAUAAGACAGUUGUCUCAAUCCUCGGCGACAAAGUAAGCAGUGAGAUAACCAGUGCUGGCACUUUGCUUGAGAGACCCUUGUCAUCUGGCCAGCAAGAAUUUGACAUGAAUAGGGAGAUGUGGCCUGUUGGCAAGGCUAUACCCAAGGUGGAAUCUGCCACUCAGAUAUCGGGAGAGGCUGUGUACCUCGACGACAUACCUGCAAUCCCUGGGGAAUUGCAUGGUGCUUUUGUGCAGACAAAAUACGCAAAAGCCAAGCUGAAAUCAACUAAUGCAUCUCAGGCCUUGGCAGUGCCCGGUGUUGUUGCUUUUAUUGCUGCGAAGGAUAUUCCUGGAAGAAACACAUUUUACUCAGGAGGAGUAACCGACCCUGUUUUCGUGGAGGAGCAAGUGAAUUACGCAGGCCAGGCAAUAGGUCUCAUUGUAGCCAAGGAUCGUGAAACUGCUGUCAGUGCGGCCAAACUCGUCACAGUUGAAUAUGAAGCUAUUGAGAAGCCUGCACUCACGAUUGACGAAGCCUUGGAGCAAGGGCGAGAUGAACUUGCGGUCAACUUCAUGACGGGGAAGCGUGAAGCACAUAUAUUUGGGGAUGUCGAGGAGGGCUUUAAGAAAGCUAAGAACCAGCUGGAAGGGGAGCUGCAUCAGGGAAGUCAGUUCCACCUGACUAUGGAGGCAAUUGCUGCCCGCGUCGUCCCAACUGAAGAUGGGUAUGAUGUGUUUAGCACAACACAGUGGCCAACGCAGACCCAGUCAACAGUGGCAGAGGUGUUGGAUAUCCCUGCACAUAGCAUAAAUGUAUCAGUAAGGCGCAUUGGUGGGGGAUAUGGUGGCAAAAUUACCCGACAGCAUGUCGUGUCAUCAGCGGCAGCUGUAGCAUCACGGAAACUAAGAAGUCCUGUGAGGAUUGUUGUUGACCUCAAUACACACAUGAGUCUUGUGGGGUGGCGAGAGCCCUACCUCUCAAAGUACGAGGUUGGUUUUGACGAUGAUGGCAAGUUCCAGGCCCUGAAAGUCACCAUGAUCUCGGAUGCAGGCCAUGCGCCCAACGAGUCCUCAGUGGGAUUCCUCGGAGGACCUGUCCAGAAUGGUUACCAUAUCCCCGCUCUGCUUUUCAGGCCAGUCAUUGUUCGGACAGAUACAGCUGCCAACACCUGGUGUCGAACCCCAGGUACUGUUGAGGCCCUGGCAACCAUUGAGAACAUUAUAGAGCACAUCGCCAACUAUCUCAAAAAAGACCCUAUGGAGGUGCGUCUUGUGAACAUGGUUGAGCCUGAAGUGCCACGCUACAUGGCACCCCCUCUUGAGAAGAAUGUGAUCAAGGAUGACAUACUGCCAUUGCUCAAGCAGAAGGCCAUGUAUGAACAAAGGAAGGAGGAGGUGGAGGCCUUCAAUAAGGCAAAUCGCUGGAAGAAGAGAGGCCUGUCGAUCGUGCCCCUUUGGUACGGUUACAACUACCCUUCAAUGUUUCGAUACGGAAUCCAGGUCUCCAUCUAUGAGCAUGAUGGUACAGUAGCGGUGACACAUGGUGGCAUUGAGAUGGGACAAGGUAUCAAUACCAAGGUGGCUCAGGUAGCAGCACACGCUUUGGACAUUCCUAUUGAAAAGGUGAUCAUCAAAGCUUCUGAUACAACUGUUGGUGCGAACUCAAUUGUAACAGGAGGGUCUUUUGGAACGGACAUUUGCUGUCAUGGCACAAAGAUAGCCUGCGAAGCUCUCCGUAAGAGGAUAGAUGCAAUCAAGGGCGAGGAGUUGGAGAAAGAUUCGGAGAAAGAGAUGUCUUGGGAGCAGCUCAUCAAGAUAUGUCACCUUAGGGAUGUGGACUUGUGCGAACGCUAUUGGACUGCUGGAAAGGAACAUCCCCGGCGCUAUGACAUAUGGGCUGCCUGUUGCCUCGAAGUUGAAAUUGACGUCCUCACUGGACAAUACCUGCUCCGUCGUGCUGACAUCGUUGAGGACUGCGGGAAAAGCAUGAAUCCUUUUGUAGACAUCGGACAAGUGGAGGGAGCCUUUAUCAUGGGUGUUGGUCUCUACACUUCCGAGUUGGUGAAGUUCGACUUGGAAACGGGUGUAAAGCUCUCUAAUGGAACGUGGGAAUACAAGCCACCAACAGCACUGGAUAUUCCUGUUGACAUGAGGGUGACUCUCCUGCCUAAUGCUUCAAACCCGUAUGGUGUCUUGAACUCCAAAGCCACCGGAGAGCCAGCUCUCUGCUUCUCAUAUGUAGUAGUCACUGCCCUCCGUCAUGCCAUUGCGGCCUUCAGAGCUGAGAAUGGAAAUGAAGACUGGUUUGAAAUGCACACACCACUGACAGUGGAGAAGGUCCAACAGCUGUGCGGUGUUCGACCAGAGCAGUUCCGGCUCUCCAAGAGCGAUGGGGAUACCUGUCCCGAAGACUUCCAGAUGGUUGACAAAGAUGAUGUUCCAGUUAAAGUGGGAAAUGAUGAGGACAGUGCAUCUUGUUCCAUGAAUUGAGGAGGGUCAGAAAAGAUAUGGAAGGGAGAAAGGAAGGGAAGGUGGUUGUGGGGAGUCAACUUUACUUUGAUUUUCAUAAUCAGUUGUUACUCAAGGUUGUUGUAGUUAGUGUUCUUGAAUAUUAUGACUUUGGUGUGAACGCACACAAUCAUGUUGGUUAUAUGUCUUAGAUUUAGAAUAAUGAUAAUAUAUAUAAAAAGGGCCUUACCCCAGAUAGUAGCAUAGAAUAUAUUAAGAAUGCUGUUUUGAUGAAGUUCAACAGAAAAAUUCCAUACACAAGGGAAAUAAACACACACACACACUAUCAUUUUUUUUUUUUUUUUUUUUUUUCACAAGUAAUGUACAGUCAUUGUUUUAAGCAGCAAUAGAUAAUAUCCAGCAACAGAAUGGAAGUCCCAGUAACUAUUUAUGAUGUUUAAUGUAAAAGGAAGGACUAUGCAAGAGAUAAGAUAUUGAUUAUACCUGUAUUUGAUGCAUGUUUCUUAAUAUUUUCAAGUUAUAUUUUAUUCUUUGAUUUUGUGUUCUAAAAAAGAUGUGGAAAUAAAGGAUAUGCUCUUUGAGGUAGAACACUAUAUGAUUUUAGUUAUGAUUAGUGAAAUCAUUGAAGUAACUGAAAUGUAUUUAUCAAUAAUGUUUGGUGCAUAUGAGAUUAUAUAUUUCUUAUUAUUUA